AUGGCCACUCAUCACGAUGACGAUGUGAUGCCCGAGGAGACCCAGGGCUAUAAGCUCUCCCAGCCUAAGCAGAGCUUGGCUGAAUAUCAACAGAUGGCUUCUCAGGAGCCCGUCUGCGGUUUCACCCUCCUGGGCAUCAGAGUUCCCACCAGGCUUCUGAGAAUGUCCAGUGGACUUCCUGAUCAUGUUGAUGAGGGCCCCGUUGCUCCUGAUACUUCUGAUGCCUCUGCUGCUACUGGCGUAUCUUCAGUAUCUCCUAACUCACCGGCUCUUCCUAUAGAUGCGAACGACGAGUCUCUCCAGCGCUACAAAGAGUCCCUUGGACUUGGUGGUGGCAAGGACCUGUCCGAUUCGAGCGAUCCCCGCGUCUGUAUCAUCAAGUCUCUCACUCUAGAGGCCCCCGGCCGCGAUCCCGUCACAAUCGAUCUCUCCACCCCUGGUUCUGAGCACACGCUGAAGGACAAGCCGUUCAAGAUCAAGGAGGGCGCCAAAUUCACCAUGGUGGCCACUUUCAAGGUCCAGCAUGAGAUCCUCAGCGGCCUUCACUACGUCCAGAUCGUCAAGCGCAAGGGAAUCCGCGUCAGCAAGGAUUCUGAGAUGAUUGGCAGUUACGCUCCCAAUACCGACAAGCAGCCUCUCUACACGAAGAAAUUCCAGGAGGAGGAGGCUCCUUCCGGCAUGCUCGCCCGCGGCCACUACAACGCCGUCUCCAGCUUCGUCGAUGACGACAAGAAGUCUCACCUCUCUUUCGAGUGGAGCUUCGACAUCGGCAAGGAGUGGUAA